CACACACAGACACACACACACACACACACGUACAUGCAGAGUGCCAUUAUGGUAAAGUGGAUUAAAAGGCUGAAAGAGCGACAGUGGCCAACCGUCUUUGGUGAAACUGCAUCGCUCUCUCUCAUUCGCUGUCUCUCUCUCUUCUCCGCCUUUCACACACACAUGUCUGCCUACCAGCAAAGCAUACACACAUGCACUUCCCUGCUACGGACACAUCUCUCGUCGUUAUGACAACUUAACAGGGACUCUAGCUACACCCAGCGAACCAUCAUGGACGACCCUUCAUCCACCCAAUCCUUCCCCAACCUCCACCACCACCGCCACCGCCAAGCCUUUCACCUCACCAUGCCUAGCCUUCAAAGCUCCAAAGUAGGAUACCCGUCCUCUCAGGCUUCCCGGGACCCCCUGGAGCAGUGUGGAAGCAGAGGGGAAGUAUCCACAAACACCUUUCCCACUUCAAGCACCUUGUCAGGGGGAAGAAGGGGGAGCAGUGGAGGUGACAGAUGCUUCCUAAACACAAGUGGUAGCAGUUUGGACGGAGAUGCCAACCUGGGAGGCCAUCUUGACGGAGAAAGCGGGCUGGGAAGCAAUUUUGCGGAAACUUGGUAUAGCGGUAGCAGAAAAGAGGAUGUUUGGGAGGAGGGGGAGAGUUGUGAAAGUGGUGCAGACAAUUUUUAUAGAAAAGGUGAUUGCUACGGAAACGCAAAUGAUGUUUUCUACACAGUGAAUUGUGGCAGUGAGGACGUAGUCAGGCGUAAACUCAGAGCCACCUAUAAUAAUUAUGCCCAUGUUAGCUGUGAGGCUAAAGGAGAAACGGUGUACAACAUGGAGGCUAACGUUAGCCACUAUGCUAAACAAACUACUUCCUACGGCAGAGCUGCUGCGGGGAGCUUUAGUGACAGCAGUGUCGAUUAUUCUAGAGUGAGUGAGAAUUUUUUGGGAAGGGAAGAAGAUUAUGGGUCCAGUUGUGGCUCAGGUGAGGACCAGCUCCAACCAGCUGACGUUGAGGCACCCUGGCUCACUGUCUCUCCCUCGAGUCAGACUGGAGAGGGCAGGUGGAGAGGAUCAGCAGACACCCACGCUUUAGACUCAGGGUGCCUACCGCAGAGAUCACCUAUCGGCAUCGGCAGCGGGACGUACACACAGAAACUGGACUCCUUCUCUGAGGCUUUCCUCUCCCAGCGUAAGAGAAAAUUCCCUGUGAUUCCGAGUGGAGAUUCCUCCGGACAGAUCUGGGAAUUCGGAGUAGGGAGAGGAGAAAGCCCUGAAUUUGUAAAUUCAAGGCACAGUUGUGCUUUUGAUUCAGACUUCUACCUGCCUCCUUCCUCCUCCUCCUCACCCGCUCACCCCUCAAUUCCGUCCUUCCCUUCUCCUCCCACAUCAUCUCACAUCAUGUCUUCAGUUCUUAGUCCUCCUCCCACACCUCUACCUCCUCCUUCCCACUCACCCUCCAAAAUGGACUGUCCCAGUUCGUUUGGGGGCACCGGACAUUCAUUGUCCCAUGGUGGAGAUUCCCUUGGUACGCUCCAGUUUUUCACUUCGCACUUUCAGUCUCUCCCAUCUACCCAUUCCUCUGGGAUGCUAUGGAAGUUUCCACUGCUGUCACACAGCUUUCCACAGUCGUCAGGCGACCCCAGCAUCAUCGAGUGCAACCUGAGACCUUCUCAUGGUAGUGACUAUGGCAACAUCACAGUCUCCAACGUUCAGUCUCCAGAAGCGGCAUUCCUCACUUCUGCUCCCCACCCUUCAUCCCUCCAUCCAUCCAGAGCCCUCUGUCCCUCCAAUACUCCAUCUCUCCAUCCCUCCUUUCAUCUUCCCUCUCGUCCAUCUCACCUUUCCGUCCAACAUUAUGAGGCAGCAGAAAAGUUCACUCCUUACAUUGUGACCCAGAAGGCAAAGAAUGAACAAGCUAAUCCGAACCAAUCACAGCUGCAGCAACAAGCCUCUCCAAUCUACACUGGAACUCCAUUUCCCAGUAUCCUUCACUCCAGCAGAGGUCAGAGGAGGGGCCGGUACACCCCUCAACCGCUUCUCAACCCAGAUCGUAGGGGGUCGGGGCUCUACUCCUCCAUCUCAUCACUCAGUGGCAGAAGAGAGGAAGAUGAGUGUGUUGUGUCACCGUAUGUCAAUGUGGGUCAUGAUUUCCAGGCAGAGCUUCCUCCAUGCUUUGUGGAUGGGGAAGGGUCAAGGAUGUGGGCACCAGAAGAGGACUCCCCUAGGGAACAGUUGCUCUGGAAACCAUUUGAGAAUCUGGAGGAGAGUACAAACAUACAAGACCAAGUGGAGAAGCUGUUGUUCAUGUGUAGUUCCAGCUGUGUGCCAGGAGGGGGCAGUAACACAGAGCUGGCCCUCCACUGCCUGCACCACUGUCAGGGGAACACAAUGGCCACACUGGAGAUGCUGCUGUUCUCACAGCCCUUGCCAACAGGGGACUACCACUACUCUGGUAGUGAAUGUUGGACAGACGGUGAAAAGAGUCUCUUCAGUGCAGCUCUGGGAACUUAUGGAAAAGACUUUUCCCUCAUACAGAAUAUGGUGAGGACUAAGACCGUCGGCUUGUGUGUUGAAUUUUACUACCUGAGCAAGAAGCUCCAGGACAAGCAAAAGAAACAAAAAGAGGAAGAGAACAGAGAUGGAGUGAUGGAGCAGCAGCACAAUAGUAUAACCCCCAUGUGUCAGCCAGUGGACAGACAGUUUGGACUGGUGGAGGCAGUUCCUGUGCCCUCAUUGACCAGCUUCUUCCCCUGCAAGCUGUGUGGCAAGAUGUUCUAUAAAAUCAAGUCCCGUAAUGCUCACAUGAAGAUCCAUCGGCAGCCUCAGGAGGAUUGGACCGACAAGCGGCUGCAGCACCAGCUCCUCACCCAGCGUCUGGCUCUCAGUCGCCCCACCAACCUCAGUAGCCUGCUCCCACCCCAGGCAGCAGCUCUGACCUUUCCCUCCUCUGGGCUCGCUGGAAUGUCAAGCAACAACACCAAUGCAGACAAUGUCCUCAACUCCGUAACAAUUAGCAACGGCAUCACUUGCAGCAAUGCCAGUGUCCUCGAUCCCAGCGCCAUGGUUACAUAUAGCAACAUUGCGGCUUCAAACUCUCACGUGAUCACCAAAACUGAUGGCGGAGACUUAAAUCAAAGAGAGCCCACUCCUGUCUCACCUUUCCACCAAUCAUGGGGCUCAUUUGGACAUGGCCCCGACCCUUCUAUCUUCUACUGCAACACAGAAGGGAAAGAUAACGUAGGAGCUGGGACAGUUGGGGGAAAAGAGCCAAUCAACUGGCAGUAGUGUUUAAUUCUCCCAAAAGC